AUGGGGCGUCACAGGUAUCGAGGAAAUGUGGACUCGGACGACUCGGACUCAAGUGACGAUGAGCCACGGCCGAAAAGGUCCGCGCCUGGGGUCUCCACUACAGUAAAUUCACCCCCAGUUUCGGCCGAGUCCGCUAGAAUCGCGAGACUUGAGCAACUUGUGGAAAACUUGAAUCGACGUUUGCUAAACCGCAAUUUUGAGCACACAUCAGGACAAGUUGGCAUUAAAAGUGGCCUGAUUCCUGAAUUCGCUCCAGGAAACCCCAAUUUUAGUACCACUAAGUGGUUGCAUAAAAUUGACCAGUUGGCUCUCGUGAACGGUUGGGACGAACGUACAACGAUUUAUGGCAUGAUAAGUCGACUCAAGGGGUUGGCCAAGGAGUGGUACGACAAUCUCGAUCCCUCAGCAUACGACCGGAGCUGGGAUGAAUGGAAACGUUUGUUACAAGCCACCUUCCCCGAUCACCACGAUUAUGCUUCCACACUUCGUAAGCUAGUGAAUAGGGUGAAGGAAGACGGUGAAACCUGGGCACAAUAUUAUUUUGGGAAAUUAAAUCUGUUGCAGGCUUGUGACAUAACAGGAACGAAUGCAGUCUCCUGUCUUAUUGAUGGAAUCACUGAUGUGACUCUCAGAAAUGGGGCUAGAGCAGGGCGUUACGUUACACCCGAAAGCUUGUACGCUGAGUAUUUGUCGACUCUGAGAUCCGAAGGUGACAAGCGGGAUACGCUCGCAAAGCAGGCGCCUCGGGAAAGGAGGAGGUUCCUUCCAAGUCGAGUCGAAGCACAAAAACUGUAUUCGUCAGUUCGGUGUUACAAUUGUCGUAAUCGAGGACAUGUUGCAACAAAGUGCCCGAAACCAAGAAUUGAGUGCAAGAAAUGUGGUCGCAUUGGACAUGUGGAUGCUGAGUGCCGACGUGGUAACGUAGUAAAAGAAAACAUGUCUAAGCAGGCACUAACGACAAGUGUAGCUGACGCAAGUAAUAAUAAGAAUUAUUACAUAGACAUUAAGGUCAAUGGUAAGCCGACGCGAGCUUACAUUGACUCAGGAGCUGAACCGGUCCUUGUCAAGCAAAGUGUUGCUAGAGAAUUGGGACUGAUGUGGCAGCCAAGUUUACAUUUGAUUCGUGGUUAUGGCCAGGGAAUCACCAAAGUGCAUGGGGAAGUCGAAGUAGAGCUAGAAGUGGAUCUUGUCAAGGCAAACGUAAAAGCUUUGAUCGUCGAAGACAGUGCACAACGUGUGCCUGUCAUAGUGGGACAGACCUUCCUGAAUGCGGGUGCUAAUACGAUUAUAGCAAAUGAGGAAGCUGUGAGAGUAGUUGACGGAAACAACGAAUCGAUCCAAGCAUUUCUAGGCCAACUUCCGACACGAAAAGUUGCACUUUGGGCGGAAGAGGAAACAGUGAUCCCUCCUCAAUCCAUUGGUUGCAUACGAAUCAAGGCAAAAGACGAUGGGUGGAAAGGAGCUUAUUACGUUGAAGGGUGUCAACGUCCGAGACCAGGGUUCGAACACGUUGUUCAUCGGUGUGUCACAUGUGAUGGAGGCCUAGUGACCGUUCGCAAUCUAUCGCACCAAGAUCUGGUCUAUCGAAAGGCGCAAAUCGUUACGAGAGCUGAGCCUUGCGAGCAGGAAAGGACAGCUACGACGGUGAGUGUGUUUUCUGUGGGGAAGGUUGAGGUAAAGAGUUUUCAACGGUGGGAACUUCUUACACAAGUCAAUAAGAAUCUAGACCCGGCUCAGUUCGAGCAAUUGUUACAACUCGUUAACGAAUUUCGAGAUUGUUUUGCACGAAAUGUAGCGGAAAUAGGUGCCACAACUGCGGCAGAAAUGAAGCUAACUUUGACUGAUGAUAAACCUGUAAUUUAUCGUCCUUAUCGGUUAUCGCAUCACGAAAGAAGAAUUGUUCGAGAUAUAGUAAAUGACUUGUUAGGUAGCGGAGUCAUACGAGAAUCAGACUCGCCAUAUUCGAGUCCCAUACUGUUGGUGCGGAAGGCAUUAAGCCAGGCGAGACAAAAAUCAAAGCGGUGACAGCUUUUCCCAAACCAACAGACGUACACAAACUUAGGCAAUUCUUAGGUUUGUGUGGGUACUUUCGAAAAAAGGCAGUGCAUUUGUUUGGGAAGAAGCACAAGAGCGGGCUUUUCAGACUUUAAAAGACAUCUUGACGAGCAGACCAGUUCUUGCAAUUUACGACGCGGAAGCUGAAACGGAGUUACACACUGACGCUUCUAAAGUUGGAAUUGGUGGCAUUCUGUUGCAACGACAAGGUGAUGGAUCUUUGCGUCCAGUUAUGUUUUUCAGCCGACAGACGACCAAAGAGGAACAAAGGUACCACUCGUACGAGCUAGAAACGCUAGCGGUGGUCUGUUCUCUCAAACAUUAUCGAGUAUACUUGUUGGGGCUUCAAUUCAAGGUGAUCACAGACUGUAAUGCUUUACGAACAACCCUUACCAAGAGAGAUUUGAUUCCACGAAUUGGGAGAUGGUGGUUGUUGACUUCUGAGUUCGACUUUACUGUAGAAUACAGACCUGGCAGUAAAAUGAGUCACGUUGACGCUUUGAGUAGAAAUCCGGUAUUAGAUCCUUCGGAGCCUUCAGUGGAAGUCUUGCAUAUUAAUGUUAACGAUGAUGAUUGGAUUUUAGCUGUUCAAAUGAAGGAUGCGAGAUGCGCAUUGUUGAAGGAAAUAUUGGAAAAAUCACCGACGAACGCUGAAGAGCGUGCCAUUCACAAAGAGUAUAAACUAAAAGAUGGUCGAGUAUUCAAACAGACUGAGUCAGGAUUAAAAUGGGUCGUACCAAAAGCGGUAAGACGCCAGAUUUUAUUAGCACACCACGAUGGAAUUGGCCAUUUAUCGAAUGAGAAAACUUUGGCAUCUGUGUCGAAAUCUUAUUGGUUUUCUUCAAUGCGGAGGUAUGUUCAUAAAUAUAUUUCUAGCUGCUUGGAGUGUCUCUACAAUAAGGAAGCCGGAGGAAAGCAGCCAGGAUUUUUGAAUCCCAUACCUAAGAAUGCGCAACCAUUUGACACAUUGCACAUGGAUCAUUUGGGACCAUUUGUAAAGAGCAAAUCACAUAAUUCUUAUCUUUUAGCUAUUAUCGAUGCAUUUACUAAAUUUGUCUUUCUCAGGGCCGUGCCUAAUACUAAGGUGGGCCCUGUUUUAUCAUUUUUAGCUUCUCUUACAGGAAUGUUUGGUGUACCUAAACGUAUAAUAGCCGAUCGUGGGGCUUGUUUUUCUAGCAAAAAGUUUAAGACACAUUGUACCGAUUUAAACGUUAAAUUAGUACUAACCGCGACUGCCACACCACGGGCUAAUGGCCAGGUGGAGCGAUUAAAUCGUACGAUUUUAUCUCAGCUUGCUGCUAGCUCGAGAGAAGAAGAGAAAUGGGAUGACUUUGUGAGUAGAAUUAGUUGGGGUAUUAAUUCUACGCCGAAUUCGACUACGGGCAAAAGUCCAUACGAAUUGUUGUUGGGGUAUACACCUCGACAUGCUAAUGACUCAAUCCUCACCAACGUGGUGACAGAGGGUGUUCAUGAUGGUGAUUUGCCACGGACACGAGCAGACGUUGCUCAGCGUGUCGAAAAGGAACAGCAGAAGCAAAAAGAGCGUUAUGACAAGCGACGCUGUGCCCCAAAGAGAUUUAAUGCAGGUGAUCUCGUGUUGGUACGCACCACGCGAGCUUCAAACGAGGGCAAAAGUCGGAAGCUGUUACCUAAAUAUUCGGGACCGUACCGAAUUCAGAAAGUGCUCGACUACGAUAGGUAUGUCGUGACGGACAUGCCGGGGGCGACGCGUUCCCAAAAACGAUAUGAGGGUGUCCAUUCAGUGGACAAAUUGAGACAUUACGUUGUCGCCACGACGAGUGGAGACGAAACAAUGGACGAUGUCAGUGACGAAUGACUGAGUUCGCUGUGAAGCUGAGUGAAGUUCAACGUGAACUCACGAUUUUGGGCCCAAAUGUUGUUUUUAAGCGCUUUACGUUGAAACUCAUGAGUUAAUGAUUUGUUGUUGUUGUUAUUGUUCUUGUUCUUGUUAUUGUUCUUCUACUUAUUCUUGAGGUUACUGAUCUUGUUGGUGUUGGUGUUCUUAUUGUUGUUGUUGUUGGUGUUCUUAUUGUUGUUCUUAAUUAAUUCUCAACGUGAGAAACACGAUUAUGAUUAUUUUCAGAUUCAUUCUCAACGUGAGAAACACGAUUAUGAUUAUUUUCAGAUUCAUUCUCGACGUGAGAAACACGAUUAUGAUUAUUUUCAGGUUGUUUAUAAAUAGUUCUUAAGUGGGACUCGGGCUGUAGAUGUAUACUACGGCUCGGAUACAUGGUAUUGGUUAAUUACUUGUUUUAGAAACACCGAUGGUUCCCCGAGGACGUGGAACAAGGAAGCGUGGCCGACUGUUAAGUGAAGGGGGCGCUGCUGGUGAAAUUGGCGGGAAAUGAUGACGCGUGAGGCGCGUACGGGCAACGCCUAGUUAGUUGGAAGGACACUGUGGCAGUGUCAAUGUCGUUGUUGAAUCUAAUUUGCUAAUAAAUUAGUUUUUGGGUGAA